UUUUGUAAUAUUGUAUGAAAAUGAGGAGAUGUACAUUUUUCUAACCUGUAAAUGGGAUAUUAAUUCUCUAAUUAUCUGUUCAUUUAGUUAAUUAAACAGAUUAAUACUUAUUGAUGAUUUCCCAAAUGUAGUGAAAUAUCAAGGUAAAAAUGUCUGAGAUAAAGUUAUUUUAUGUUACCUGUGUUUUUUGAAUUUUGUCUGAAGUUGCUUUUCUAACUGACCUUCUCAUAAAUACCUUGAAUCAAACAUCUCAUUGGUCCUUUCCCAGUUGAGAGUUUAAAAAGAUGAUGCUUAAAAAAAAAAAAAAGUUGAUGCUAACCAGCCAUUCAUUCUUCCUACUAGUCUCUUCGGCUUUGUUUAGCUGACACUAAACCUUUAGUUAUUGCCUCUGCAAAGUCAGUUUCUCCCUGGCCUUGCCCUUCUUCACCCUCCAACAUACCCCUAGAGACAAUCUUGCUCACAGCCCUGACCCUCUUUUGCCAAUCCAGCUCUUAGGCCCUUCCACCUCCCUUCACCCAACUCCCAUUGGAAUCUGGAAGGAGCUGCUAUCAGUCAUUUCCCAUUGUUUUUGUAGAGGGCAUACUCUCUCUAUUUAACUUUAAUUCUUUUUCGUUUUAUUUGCUUUAUCUUAAAUUGUAAAUUUUUAAGAAUCAAAACAUUAGCAAGUAAGUGAAGAAAUUAUUUCAGGAAAGAUAGUCUUCCUAAGUUUCAAUCCAUGUUUUCUCCGCCCCUCCGUCACUUGAUUUCCUACAGAUGAGUAGCUAUGAUUUGGCUCAGGCUCAGUUACUGCAGGCCUCUUCUUUGUGGAGUCUGCAUGCCUGCCCACCUGAAAUUUCACCCUCUUCACUACAGCCACACCUGCAGGCCCAGUCUCCUGGUUUACUGAUUCCAGCCUCCUCCUCCAGGACAGAGCAGAUCAUGAAGUGGGGAGGCAAGGAGAAGAAUAGAAAGGUUCUUUCCUGUUUUUAACUAAAGAUGAUACUUUGAUACAUUUAUUAUGUGUUUUAACAUGAUGGAUGUUAUUUCAAUUGGUGACCCCCCCCACUUCCUUACCCCUUUUGUGCCUAUAAUGAGUCACUUAACAACAAAAAUAUUACUGGAAUGAUAAGAAUGAAUUUUCUUUUCCUGUUUCUAGACUUUUUUGUUGCAUUGUGCAUGAAAUGGUGCAAAAUAUACCACCUUGAUUUCUUACAUUCUCAGAGUUCUGUACUCCCUGGGAGCUUAGUAAGUAUGCUGUUGCCCUGAGCCUUCCUCUUUUACCAUAGGGUAAAAGUUUUGAAUACUAAAUAUGUCAGUUGGAUGCCAUUUCUCACUCUUCUGAGUAAUACAGAAUUUGUAAAGACAUCAUUUUGGUUUUCACUGUAGUCAUCUACCCUUGUUUUAAUACUUGAGUUUUUUUUAUGGCCUAUGACUACAGGUAGUUGAGGUUGACAGUGAAAUCUAGCAUGUGAACCAUAGAGUCUGUAUGAAAUAGACAUAUUGCAUAGGAGUUUCUUAAGCUUUGCCAACUCCAUCAGGUACUUUCUACAUCAAAGACAGAGAACCAGGAGAAGCUACUGAGUUGAUUUUUUAUGUCUUAUCUCAGAACUCUAGGGUGAGAAGUCUUUAUGGGUGGACAAGGAAAAAUGUUUAUCAGAGGAUUUGGAAAACUUCUGCUGAAGCUUUGGACCUGAACUGAAAGAAGAAACUAUACUAUCCAACUGGAAUGUUGGGGGCCAAUGGUGAGGACACUGAGCCCAGAGAUGAGUAACUUCUUCAAAGUCAUAGAGUCCAGGACUGCAAGAAUUCAGGCAUGAGGACACUGUGCAGCAGGCUCACACAGGCAGACCCAAGAUGGACAGAACCUUGGAAUCCCUGAGACACAUCAUUGCCCAAGUCUUGCCUCACAGAGACCCUGCUCUAGUCUUCAAAGACUUGAAUGUUGUGUCAAUGUUACAGGAAUUUUGGGAAAGCAAGCAGCAGCAGAGAGCUGCAUUCCCAAGUGAAGGUGUGGUGGUCUAUGAGUCACUGCCGUCUCCAGGACCUCCCUUUGUAAGUUAUGUGACCCUCCCAGGGGGAAGCUGUUUUGGCAACUUUCAGUGCUGCUUAAGUAGAGCUGAGGCCAGACGGGAUGCAGCGAAAGUGGCCCUAAUCAACUCCCUCUUCAAUGAGCUGCCCUCUCGAAGGAUCACUAAGGAAUUCAUUGUGGAAAGUGUGCAGGAAGCAGUCGCCUCCACCAGUGGCACUUUGGAUGAUGCAGAUGACCCCAGCACCAGCAUUGGAGCCUACCACUACAUGUUGGAGUCAAACAUGGGGAAGACCAUGCUGGAGUUUCAGGAGCUGAUGACCAUUUUCCAACUAUUGCACUGGAAUGGAAGCUUAAAAGCCUUCGUUAAACAAAGUGUCCCGACAGGAAGUCAUCUCCUACUAUUCCCAGUAUUCCCUAGAUGAAAAGAUGCGCAGUCACAUGGCCCUGGACUGGAUCAUGAAGGAGAAGGAGUCACCAGGAAUCCUCUCUCAAGAGCUACGGAUGGCCCUGAGGGAGUUGGAGGAAGCCAGGAAAGCGGGACAGAACUGCGGUUUACAAAGAAAAGAAAGAAUCCUUAGUUUAGCCCUGACUCAGAUCUACAGUGAUCUUGACACCUCCUCACCCAGUGAUGAUCAGCUGAGCCUAACGCCCUUUGUGGUUACCACUAGCAAGCCAAGUCCCGCUGCCCCGAGCUUGGCAGAGGCCGGACUAACAUUAGAAAGCUCAGUGAAGGAGGUCCAUCCCAGGCUUUAGCAGCUACAGCUACUACCUGAAGGCUGUACUAAUUUUUCCCAUCCAUUCCAUUCACAGAAUUUGAGAGUAGUAGGACCCUUACAGGACCCAACGUCCCAAUCGAUGCAAUUUUCCCAUCAUGCUUUCAAGACUUCCGCCUCUUACUGAAGGAUGGAGGAAAGCUUGUUGGAAAAAUAUUUUCCCGGUUUGGCUUCAGCCUAAAGCCCUGGUGACAUGUGCCUUGCUAGAUUCUAUGUGUUGUUAUAACAAUGGGCCAGUGUAGCAUCCCCCAAAAGAACAUCAGCCAUCAUUGGGGAAAGGAGCAUGAUAGCAAUUUUUUUAAAAACUUGGGAUUAAAUAAACAAUAUA